GUGAUUUAAGUGUCCUCGGCUCGGACAGUGUUUGCUUUGUGCUUGUAGACGCUUCAGAAAACACUGCACAUGAACGCUCUCAGACGAGGCUAACGUCGGCUGACGGUGUCUGGUUGUUUUUCGAGAGUAUGCUGCAAAGCAUCCUGUGCUGAAUUCAAAAGCUCUUUCUAGCUUCUCUCAGCUCGACAUCCCCGCUGAUCAUGACUCUGCAGACGGGGAUCUUGUGUUUGGCCCUGCUGGCCCUGAGCUCAGCGCUGGUUUGUCCUGAUGGAGGCAUAUGUCAGGACACAAACACCUGCUGCAGGAACACUAUGGGGGGAUACGGAUGCUGCCCACUACCACACGCAGAGUGCUGCUCAGACCACCUCCACUGCUGUUUCGAGGGCACGCUGUGUGAUCUGGUCCACGAGAAGUGUGUCAAUAAAACGGUUUCCCUGCCGUGGAUGACCCGACUGCCUACCAGCCUGGCCCCGCUGGUCCCUCAGCUCGAGGAGAGAGUGAAGGCAGUUAUUUGUCCCGAUCAGGAGUCCGAGUGUCCGGAUGCAACGACUUGCUGCCAGCUCCCUGACAGCUCCUGGGGCUGCUGCCCCUUAGCCAAGGCGGUGUGCUGUGACGACAGGCGCCACUGCUGCCCCGAGGGAACGGUGUGUGACGUUGCUCAUUCACGGUGCGUGUCUGCCUCACUGCAGUCCUUCCCCCUGCUGCAGAAACUACCUGCUAGAAGGAGAGGGGAGAAUCCAGGAUCAGUAACGUGUCCUGAUGGGAGACACAGCUGCCCAAACAAAUUCACGUGCUGUCCACUAAUCACUGGAGAGUACGGCUGCUGCCCAUUCCCACAGGCCACCUGCUGUGACGAUCACCUUCACUGCUGCCCUGCCAAAAUGAAGUGUGACCUGAAGCAUUCACAGUGUAGGCUUGGUGAGACCCGCAUGCCCCUGAUGAAGAAGAUCCCUGCCGUAGUCAAUGAUGUUGUGUGUCUAGACAAGACAUUGUGUCCUGAUGACACCACAUGCUGCAAGAUGACCAACGGCACCUACGGCUGCUGCCCGAUGCCCAAUGCCGUCUGUUGUUCCGAUCACAUCCACUGCUGCCCUGCAGGCACAGAGUGCGACCUGUACCACAGCACCUGUGUGUCUGCGCGGAGAAAUGCCGCCAUGACGCUGGCAGCAGCCGCCACCGAGUUGCAGGCAGUGCAGAGAAAAGUCCACACCAUUCCCUGCAAUGACUCUGUGGCCUGUGCCGACAGAAGCACCUGCUGUAAAACACUGAAAGGAGACUGGGCCUGUUGUCCGUUACCAGAGGCUGUGUGUUGUGAGGACCACCUGCACUGCUGCCCCCACGGCACCGUUUGUAACAUUAAAGCUUCCACGUGUGACGACUCCUCAGGCAACGCCGUGACUCCGAUGCUCGGACACGUCUCCGUCUUCCCUUUACCGAAAGUCAGUAACAGCAGGUGUGACAAGUCGACGACAUGUCCUGGAAAAUCCACCUGCUGCAAGACAGCGAGCGGAGGCUGGGCCUGCUGUCCUCUGUCUCAGGCUGUUUGCUGUGACGAUCACGUCCACUGCUGUCCUCACAGCAGAGUCUGCAACCUGGCAGCUGAAACUUGCGACGACCCGUUCGGCUUCUCUCCGCCCCUCUCCUGGCUUACAAAGGUACCUGCUCUGACCUCGGAGGCGCAGGAUGAGAAAUGCGACGAGAAGACCAGAUGUCCAUGGGGUUCCACCUGCUGUAAGAAGAACUCUGGACAGUGGGCCUGCUGCCCCUUACCUCUGGCUGUGUGCUGCAACGAUCAUGAGCACUGCUGCCCCAAAGGCUACAAAUGUAACGUGGCCGAGCAGACCUGUGAUAAGCCCGGUAGCCUCAGCCUGGCCUGGCUGCGGAAGAUACCGGCCCUGCGGGAGGAGCCCAGUCAGACCCUUUCUGAUCCAGUUCAGCCGGCCAAGAACAUGUGCGAUGCCCAGACCAGCUGUCCCAAAGACACGACCUGCUGCUUCAUGGAUAACGACCACAAAUGGGGGUGCUGCCCUCUGCCGAAGGCCGUCUGUUGUGAAGAUGGAAACCACUGCUGCCCCAGCGGGCACAGCUGUGAGCCCCACCGGUCCUCCUGCUCCAGGGGUCCUCAUGUUAUACCCUGGUUCACCAAAGUGAGCGCUCUAACCGAGCUGGGCGCCAUCAUUGAUGUUAAAUGUGACAACAAGAGCAGCUGUGCGUCGGGGACGACCUGCUGUAAGCUGAAGACGGGAGAGUGGGGCUGCUGCCCGCUGGUCAAGGCGGUUUGCUGUGCUGACCACGAGCACUGCUGCCCUCAGGGCUACACCUGCAACAUGCAGAUAGGAACCUGUGAGAAGAAGAGCAACGAUGUGCUCCUCAACACCAUCCCUCAGAGCAAAGUGCCGCAGCCUGUGAAGGACACAGAGGAUGAGGCAGUGUGUGACAGCAGGGGGGAGUUUCACUGCUCCAAACAAGAGACCUGCUGUAAGAUCUCUGCCACAGAGUGGCGCUGCUGCCCCUCCCCCAGGGCGGUCUGCUGCUCUGACUCGAAGCACUGCUGUCCUGCUGGAUACUCGUGCGACCUGAAGGCCGGAGGCUGCACCCCGCACACUCGGCUAACCUGGGACUUGUGGUUUGGGGACCGAACAAGAAAGACUGUCCCCCGCGGACUCUGAUCCCACUGAGGUGCAGUGAUGCGCUUCAGUCUUCACUCCGUUAGGUCCUACUGCUCAUGGUGUCUGUGGACAAAAAUGUCUUCUUCCCGACAUCCUGUUUUUGUUUUUUUGUUGUUUUUUUGCACUCUGAAUAUUUUUAGCUUUUGUGUGUGAGGAAAAGAUUUUGUCCAUAUAUGCAAGGAAAAAUGUCACUUUCUGGCAAUGAAGGCAUUUUAGUGAAAUGAAGGCAGUUUGAAGGAGAGCAGCAGGUGAAAACAGGCUGCCAUUCACUGAAACUUGGCUUACAUCCUGGUUUAAAAAGAUUUAUUGCACUCACUCCUUGGAAGUCAUCUAGAUGAUGAUCCUAAACAGCUUUAAAUCAUUUCAACCUGCUGUGACCCAUUAAACUGAUUUCUCUUUA